ACCACCCACAAGGAACCCGCCACAAUGUCUGAGUCUCAAGGUCACCGGUUAUACGUUAAGGGCAAGCACCUUUCGUACCAACGUGGCAAGCGCAACACCAACCCCGACACCUCUCUCAUCCAGAUUGAGGGUGUCGAGAACACCAAGGACGCAACCUUCUACCUGGGCAAGCGCAUCGCAUACGUCUACCGCGCCAAGAAGGAGAUUCGAGGAAGCAAGAUCCGUGUGAUCUGGGGCAAGGUCACGAGGACACACGGCAACUCCGGCGUCGUGCGAGCACAGUUCAGGCACAACCUGCCAGCCAAGUCCUUCGGCGCGAUGGUCCGAAUCAUGCUCUACCCCAGCGCGAUAUGAGUGCAGGUUUUUCCGCAAACAGCAUGGGCGGGAAGGAGUGAAGGAGGGAGCAUGGUGGAUGGCGCUUUGUACGGCUGCGAAGGAUCGUGAAUGAUGCGACUGGCAGUCGUGAAGGCGUGCGGGAAGGGGAUUCAGUUCUCUCGACCCUGCGAGGAUCGGUGCAAUGGCGUUGAUACACUCACGGACAUGGGAAAUGGCACCAACCACACAUCAUGAGGCCGACUCUCUCAGUACGGAGAAUGAAACUGCAUUGAAAAUCAUCACACCAAACGAGACAUAAGCUACACC